AUGGGCCAGCAGCCAUCCAAGAAGUCAAAGAAGGGUAGCAAGGACAAGGACAAGGACAAGGAGCACGAUUCACCGUCUCCUGAAACAGCAACGGAGGAGGUGGGAGAAAGCACGCCGCAAAGUUCCUUGUCCCGAACGACGGGCUCAGACGCAGUUAACGGCGUCGACAAAUCACUACCGAACGGAGGGCCUGCAAUAAGUGUAUCGGAUCCCGAUGGCACUGCCAUAGCGUCCUCUGGAAAUGGCACUAGUUCUCCCUAUCACAGCAAAACCGCCGACCCCGCUUCUACUGACCCUCCUCCACCAAGCCCUGUCUCUCCAGCACCUUCGUCUUCUACAUCGCAAGUCUCUCCGAAGCCUUCUCCUGCUCCUCUAGAUAUACCGGCCACCCAGACUAUUCUAUCUAAUUCAAACAUGUUUAGUCCCGGAUCGGCCUCCAGUAACGGACUUCAAAGCGAGAAUGGAGGAGUCAAGGAGAAGCCGCGGCCGUUUGAUGUUGAUGACAUGAUACUGCGUCUUCUGGAUGUUGGAUAUACGGGGAAAGUCAGCAAAUCUCUCUGCCUUAAAAAUACAGAGAUUACUUCCAUCUGCCUUGCUGCCCGAGAGGUUUUCCUCAGCCAGCCUACUCUUGUCGAAUUGUCGCCUCCUGUGAAGAUCGUCGGUGAUGUCCACGGGCAGUACUCGGACCUCAUUCGGUUGUUCGAAAUGUGCGGUUUUCCUCCCGCCGCAAAUUACCUUUUUCUUGGGGAUUAUGUCGACCGUGGCAAACAAAGUCUCGAAACUAUCCUCUUACUUCUCUGCUACAAGAUCAAGUAUCCAGAGAACUUUUUCUUAUUGAGGGGGAACCAUGAAUGCGCGAAUGUGACGCGAGUGUAUGGAUUCUAUGAUGAGUGCAAACGACGCUGUAAUAUCAAGACGUGGAAAACUUUUAUCGAUGUUUUCAAUUGCCUACCCAUUGCCGCCGUCGUUGCCUCCAAGAUUUUCUGCGUCCAUGGAGGUCUAUCACCUUCUCUUCACUCUAUGGAGGAUAUAAAGCGGAUACAAAGGCCAACAGACGUUCCAGACUAUGGUCUUCUGAACGACUUGCUCUGGUCGGAUCCGUCUGAUACAGCUCUAGAUUGGGAGGAUAAUGAGAGGGGAGUGAGCUAUUGCUUUGGGAAAGCUAUCAUCAAUGAGUUCCUCGUUCGCUACGACAUGGAUCUCAUAUGCCGGGCGCAUAUGGUCGUAGAAGAUGGUUACGAGUUUUGGAACGAUCGAACGUUAGUCACGGUGUUCAGCGCGCCUAACUAUUGUGGAGAAUUUGAUAAUUAUGGGGCAUGCAUGAGCGUGUCAGAAGACCUACUCUGUGCCUUCGAGUUGCUCAAACCUCUUGACGGUGCCGCAUUACGGAAAGAAAUGACUAAAGCAAAGCGGAAAAGGUGCGCACUAUAUACAUCAGUCCUUUCACAUUCUAAUCGCUUUAUGUCUAGUAUGGCUACGGCCGCAUGA